AACAGCUUUGAUCUGAUCUGUCCCUGCUUUCUUUUGCCUCAGAGGUUGAAAGAUCUCAAGCAAAGGGAAUUUGCUCGCAAUGUCUCGUCGAGAUCCCGGAAAGAUGAGAGGAAGCAGGAGAAAGCCCUGCGGCGCCUGCACGAGCUGGCUGAGCAGAGGAGGCAGCCUGAGUGUGCUCCUGGAAGUGGGCCCAUGUUCAGGACCACCACGGUGGCUGUGGAUGAGGAAGGUGGAGACGACGAUGAUUCCGCAGCCAACAGCGGCUCCUUUGUCCAAUUGAGCUCAGGCCAGGCCACAGAGAUGACCACGGACAGAGGAUUCCUGAACACAGGACAAGGCACUGUGAUGCCAGGCCAGACACCCACCCAGGGGGCACAGGCCAUCAGCUUUGGCAUUAAGAGCUCUGUGGGAGCUCCUCUGCAGAAGAUUGGGGUGUCCUUUUCCUUCGCCAAGAAGACCCCGGUGAAGCUGGAGACCAUCGCUUCUGUUUUCAAGGACCAUGUGGAUGAGUCCAAUUCUGCAGAUGGGGCAAAAGGUGAUGAGAGGGGGUCCUCAGAGGCUGGCAGCCUGCAGAAGUCUGGGGAGGGUGAAGGCACCAAUAAUUCUGAUGGCAAGGCAGAGGAUGAUGACCAGCACGACAAGGAGAGUGGGGCUCUGGCCAGCACCUUAUCCAAACUGAAAAAGAUGAGACGAGAAGAUGGACCAACAGCUGUGGAACCAGAAUAUUACCACUAUGUUCCCCCAGCCCACUGUAAAGUAAAGCCCAACUUUCAGUUCCUGCUUUUCAUGAAGGCUACUGAGCAAACAGAAGCAGAAAAUGCGAAUAAAAAAAACGCGCACGAAGCAAAAAAGGGGAGUUCCCCCAAACCCAAACCCAGCAAGCACACGGAAAAGGCUGCUGAGAGCACGGGGCAGCAGAAGGAGCAGAGUACUACUGAAAGUGCAGCUCAGCAGGGCAAAACAGAACGAAAAGAUAUCCCAGAGAAUGAAAAUACACAGGAGAGCAAGCACCUUCCAGAGGGCAAUCCCCCCGAGCCAGACACUGCUAAAGAAGCUCCUCCUCCUGCCUUGGGCUGCAGAGAUGGCUCUGAGGGACCAAAGCACCCCACGGGACCUUUUUUCCCUGUUCUGAGUAAGGACGAGAGCACAACGCUGCAGUGGCCUUCAGAGUUACUCAUCUUCACCAAAGCUGAGCCCUCUGUGUCCUACAGCUGCAACCCCCUGUACUUCGACUUCAAGCUCUCCCGUAACAAGGAUGCAAAAGGGAAAGGGGCAGAGAAAUCCAAGGAUCCAGGGGGGCUUUGUAAAGACAACACUCAGAGCACGGAACCUGGUGAGGUGAGCAAAGCCAAGGAGGCUGAAAGUGUAGGGAACAGUUCUACUCAAAAAAUGGAAAACAAAUCCCAGAGCAAGCAGGAGUCCGGUGUGGGAAGCGUCAGUAAGGGAGAGGGAGAGGACAGCAGUAAGGGUAUAAUGGGUAAGAGUAAAUCUGGAAGGUCCCAUAAACACAAAAAGAAAAAGAAGCACAAAAAGUCCAGCAGACACAAACGCAAA